AUGCAGCCAGAAUCAACAGAUCGCCCACCAACCGGUAAUCGAGCAAGGCGUGCACACUUGGAAAGUUUGCUCACCGCGGAAGAACGAGCCCUUGAUGAUCACUCCGACUCUGAGGAUACCAAUGCACAGUCCAGUGCUGCUCGGAACAUGGCAUCAAUUUCGGAGACUCCUCAUCUGAGGAGCACCGUCUCUUUCAAGCAGGAUUCCAAUGAGGUGCAGGACCACAUGGAUGAAUGGCUCAAGCUAGCUACCCGCAUUGCUGCAAGACACAGCGCUGAAUUCAUCAUCUUCGGGGUCUCCAAUCACCUUGGUCCGCAUGCCUUCCAAUUCAUGCAAAGUACACCAGGAGCCACCCCUUUCCUUCAAUUCAGUCUUGACUCCGAUCAAAAGAAGCAUUACCCCGCCCGGUUCCAGUCCUACAUCACUGGGCACACUGAAAAUGAGUUAGCGGCACUGGCAAGACCAAAGAAAAAACGACGUGUCAGAAAUGGAAUGUCGGUGACUGAUCGCAUGCACCAGUUGAUCAGCAUUCGUGAGACAUGGCCCUGGACCAAUACUGAAGCGUGCCUUGCCGAUAUAGGUUACAAGCUUGUUAUUGCGCCCAAUGCAAGGAUUGACCCUAGUUGGAUAAUGCAGCCGAGUCGAUUCCUUACUGGACCGCAAGUGCAGAUGCUGCAUUUAGAUCUGGACAACCAGCUCAUUGACCUUGUGCGAAUUCCCAGGGUCCCCCUUCCUAAGCGCUCGCGGGUCAAUCACAGCAGCUCUUGCACAUCAAAUUCUCUUCAGGAGCAAUCGAACACAGGCGGCCGGGUCAACAACAGUUUGGAAACUGGUGAAACAUAG